GCUGGUGUCACCACCGAAGUCAAGUCCGUGGAAAUGCACCACGAACAGUUGGUUGAAGGUGUCCCAGGUGACAACGUCGGGUUCAACGUCAAGAACGUUUCCGUCAAGGAAAUCAGAAGAGGUAACGUCUGUGGUGACUCCAAGAACGAUCCACCAAAGGGUUGCGCUUCUUUCAACGCCCAGGUUAUUGUCUUGAACCACCCAGGUCAGGUCUCCAACGGUUACUCUCCAGUCUUGGAUUGUCACACCGCCCACAUUGCCUGUAAGUUCGAGGAAUUGUUGACCAAGAUCGACAGAAGAACCGGUAAGACUCAGGAAGAAUUCCCUAAGUUCAUCAAGUCUGGUGACGCUGCCAUUGUCAAGAUGAUCCCAACCAAGCCAAUGUGUGUUGAGGCCUUCACUGACUACCCACCAUUGGGUAGAUUCGCCGUCAGAGACAUGAGACAGACCGUUGCCGUCGGUGUCAUCAAGUCUGUUGACAAGACCGAAAAGGCUGGUAAGGUUACCAAGGCUGCUGUCAAGGCUGGUGCCAAGAAGUAA